UCGAGCUGACGUCAAGUGCUGAUACAUGUGGAUAAGCUAUCUGUAACACAAUGUUUUCAAUAUUUUUAACAGUGUCGUUUUACCUGUAGUUAACUUUGUGUUCAAGAAAUAGACACGAAAUUGACGCCUUAUUCCUGCAUUUAAUUUACAUGGAACGACAUAAAGCUUCAGUUAUUUAGAAAACCCGUCGCAGCCGCCUGAAUGUGCUAGCCGGAUCGCUAACCUACUUUAGCAAAGAAAGUCUAAAUCUAAAUGACAUGGAGAACUACAGAAAAGCAAACACAAUAGAGCAGCCCUGCCCGUGUCCGUUCCCCGACCUGCCCAGCGACACUCCUGAAGUUCGAGUGAAGUAUGGCAGCAAAAUCCGUAACCUCAUGAGGUUUGCUUUAAGCCGUAUGGAGAAAACAGCUCCUGCAGAUCAUGAUGCUUCAGAGGUGAGCAGUGGGACAGGGGACAUUCUGUGUCGCCAAAUAGUAUUCACAGGCGUGGGUCCGAGCGUUGCAAAAGCAAUCACGUGUGUUGAGAUCAUGAAACGGCGCAUUCAUGGGCUACAUCAGCUUACUAAGCUUACCUACAGCACAGUUCAGGAUGUCUGGGAGCCGCUUGAGCCUGGGGCCGGGCUGGACAGUCUCACCGUCAGCAGAAACGCACCCAGUAUUUGGAUUCUGCUCUCAAGAGACUCGCUUGAUAAGAAUCAGCCAGGUUAUCAAGCUCCCGGCUCUUUUGACGCCUUGUGGAUUCAGGCUCUCAAAGAGGAAGCAGCAACUCCGAGACACGGACAAAGAAGGAAGAGGGGAGGAACUGGGACUGGACGGGCAGAGGUGGGUGGUAGAGGAAAAGGGCCACGUAAACAAACCGGAUGGCCUGGAGAUACGCGAAAACCUCCAGGUCAUUGAGGGGGUGGACAGGAGUGAAUGAACAGAUGAAUUAUUAUUGGUCUUAACCUGUCAUGGUUAUAGAUUUGUUUAUACUUACUUUAGUUUUAUCUCAUUUUAAAAUAUUUUUUUAAGGUGCCAUAUCUUGAGUACUCCUGACAUAAAAAAAAAUCAUAGGGUAAUUUAUGUAAAACAUUUCUGAAAAUAACCAUCAUAAUUUGUUCACCCUCACACCAACAAAAUAGGAUUUUGCCUUUUUUUCAUAGAACACAUUUUUUAGGAAUGAAGUUUUCUUGCAAAAGAAGUAUUAUGUAGUAAUCUUAAGGAAGCAAGCACUUUUGUCACAGUUUUGACUUGAGGGUGUGUACAUUUUAUUUUAUUAGCUGUUUUUUCUAAAGUAAUUUACAUUGCUUCAAACUAAAUUUCAUUAAAUAAAAUUUCAAUCAGCUAUUCACUGUGUUAUGCAUUGGCACCAUCUAUAAAAAUGUAUAGGAAUAAUGUAUUCAGAAUAUACUGUGGUGUAUUUGGAUACUAUCUUACAUAAAAUCCUGUACAGUUGCAGUCAAAUAUUUUCAACCCACUUUAUGUGAGCAUACAUUUUGCUGCCAUGAACAAAACUGUAUUAAAACUGUUCACCAAAAAGCAUCAAUAAACCAUUGUGCAUAA